AUGUCGUCCGAAAAAGAGCCUCUUUUGGCUAAAGAUUUUGACAAUGACGAGCACCAGCAACCCUUGUCUCUCAAAGCGUUCCUAUUGACUCCGUUCCAAACUUGUUUACCUCACCUCGGUAAUCAAAGCUACCCAGCCGACGAGGGUGAGGUUAUUGAUUAUGCUGACGACGACUCGACAUUGCCGGAUCUACCUUAUGUUGCUGAUCCGAUCAUCUUGCCCCGUUCCAAGUUGACACAACUGGACAAACUAGUUGAACUCCGAAAGCAAAUGAAAGCGCACGGGAUAGGUGUUUAUAUUGUGCCAUCGGAAGAUGAGCACCAAUCCGAGUAUACUGCGUUGUCCGACAAACGAAGGGAGUUCUUGUCAGGAUUCACGGGAAGCGCAGGUGUGGCGGUGGUCACCUUGGAAGAUGCGAACUCGUUACAAGGCUCAGCGUAUUUGUCAACUGAUGGUCGCUAUUUUUUACAAGCCGAACAGCAGUUGGAUCCAAAAUUGUGGCGUUUAAUAAAGGAAGGAUCCGGUGGGAAAUCUAAAUCCUGGACUGAACAAGUGAUUGACUCGGCCGUCAGUUGCUCCUUUAGCAGGGUAGUCUCGUGUGACCCAAGAACCUUGAGCCUUUCACUAGGAGAAUAUUUCAAAAAUAGAGAAAAGUACGCCGAUUUCAAAUUUCGGCCUUUGUUGAAGACAAAUUUGGUUGACGUGAUCUGGGGAGAUGAACAACCCAAGAGGUCGUUGGCGCCAAUAUACCACCUAGAUUUAAAAUAUUGCGGCGAGCACACCAAUUCCAAAUUGGCAAGAGUUCGUGGUAUCAUGCGGGAAAGAAAUGCUACUCAUUACGUGGUCACGGAAUUAGACAGCGUGGCGUGGUUGUUCAACUUGAGAUGCGAUAGGGAUAUUCCAUUUUCCCCCGUAUUCUUUUCAUAUGCAAUCAUCUCGUUGACGGCGGUGACAUUGUAUGUCGAUGAUAAAAAGCUCCCCCAGGCCGACGCUGCAUUGCACGGGUAUUUGUCCAGCAUCAGCGGCUUGCAUAUAGCGCCAUACGGCCGUUUUUAUUCGGACUUCUCAAAAGCUCAGUCUCAAUCAUUCGGAACAAAUACGGUAAAAUUUAUCCUCCCUUCCAAGGAUUCCACCACUUUUGCUUUAUACGACUUGAUCCAAAACUCAAAUGUCAAAAAUAGUUUAAUCCACGAAUCCAUCAUUGCCAAGUUGAAAGUUUUCAAGAACCGCACGGAGUCAUUUAAUGCCAGGGUAGCUCAAUAUAAGGACUCCUUGGUGUUUAUAAUGUUUGCAUCUUGGUUGCAACAUCAACUAGUCAAUAAAGGAGCGAGGGUUUCAGAAUACGAUGCCGCGUGCAAGAUCUUCGACAUUAGGCAAGGAAUGCCAAAUUUCAAAGGAUUGAGCUAUGAGACAAUCUCGCUGUCGGGGCCAAAUGCAGCAAUCAUCCACUAUGCACCCACCAAGGAUAAACACGAUAUCGUUGACGUCAAUGCGAUAUACUUGUUGGAUUCAGGAGCCCACUAUCUUGAGGGAACAACAGACAUUACGCGCACUUGGUGGUUUAGUCCCAAGCCAGUCAAGGAACAAUACAAGAAGUACUACACGUUGGUAUUGAAGGGCCACUUGGCGAUAGCAAUGGCCAAGCUCCCCCAAAGUGCGCGCAACAAGGGAACUAUCCUUGACGCCUGUUCUCGUCAACCAUUAUGGAACCAUGGACUUGAUUUUAAUCAUGGAGUAGGACACGGAAUAGGCAGUUUCGGGCUAGUGCACGAAGCGCCGUUUUUCAUUCUGUCGACUGUGGCUGGUCCUAGCGACACCGAUUUCUUUAAACCCGGUGCCAUUACUUCAGAUGAACCCGGGUAUUACAUUGAUGGGGAAGUUGGGUUUAGAAUAGAGAGCGAAUUGCAAGUUUGUGAGCUAGAUGGCUCAUUCGGCAAAAGUCGAGAUGGGAAAAAUUAUUUGGGGUUUGAGUAUCAGACUAAAGUGCCCUUUUGUACGAGGCUUAUCGAUACAAAGUAUUUGACAAAGAUUGAGAUUGACUGGAUAAACGACUUCCACAAUGGCAUCAGAAAGGAAUUUGGACAGGAGUUGCUUAGGUUGAAUGACAAACGCGCUUUUAACUGGUUGUUGAAAGAAACAGAACCAAUAGCGUGA